AUGGCAUGGCUUGAUUCCCCUGUAGUAGAAUUAUGUUUUCCACUCAUCUUCCUCUGGAUUAUAUACAGAUUCGUGACAAAAAAGAAGAGCAAGAGCAACAGGGGAGAAUUGAGUUUGCCACCAGGGCCACGGCCAUGGCCACUGGUAGGCAAUCUCCAUCUCUUGGGAAGCCUUCCUCAUAAGUCCCUGGCUGAGCUGGCAAAAAAGUACGGGCCCAUCAUGUUCCUACAUCUGGGCUCGGUACCCACGAUUGUGGCCACUUCUCCUGCCAUGGCCAAAGAAUUUCUUAAGACUAAUGAUUUGAUCUUCGCCAAUAGGCCAGCUACAUCAGCCGGCAAGUACAUGGCCUACGAGCGCAGAGACGUGGCGCACGCCCCCUACGGAGAGUACUGGCGCCAGAUGAGAAAGCUGUGCACAAUCGAAUUACUGACAACAAAUAGAACGGAGUCGUUCAGGUGGGUGAGGGAGGAAGAGGUGUCCGCCAUGGUCCGAUCCGUGUGGGAGGAGAGCGAGAAGGGCGUACGCUACGUCAACCUGCGGAAGCCCAUCUCCACUCUCACACUCAACAUUAUCUGCAGAAUGUUUGCAGGCAGAACUUACUUCGACCAUGAACUGGGCGGAGGGGAGUGGUUUGUACAGAUGGUGACUGAAAUUAUGCAUCUCUCGGGAAUAGUUGUUUUGGGAGACUUCAUUCCCUCUCUUGCCUUUCUCGAUUGGCGAGGUUAUUGCCGCCGUAUGCAGGCCGCUCAUAAAAUAUUCGAUGUGUUUGCUGACAAGCUCAUCGAUGAGCACGUUGAGCGGAGAAGGACGAAAAAGUCGGACGAUCAGGACAUUGUGGACGUGAUGCUGGACAUGGCCGAGAGCGAAAGUUCCGAGAUACAAGUCUCACGAGUUCACAUCAAAGCAAUCGUCUUGGAUAUGUUAAGUGCUGGAGUAGACACAUCUGCCACAACUGUAGAAUGGGCAAUGACUGAGCUGCUAAGAAACCCUCAAAUAAUGGCAAGGGCACAAGAAGAGAUUGAAUUAAAGGUUGGGAGAGAUCGCAUCGUAAAAGAGAGUGAUCUAGCAAGCCUCGACUACUUGCGAUGUGUGGUGAAGGAAACUCUUCGAUUACAUCCACCAGGCCCCUUGCUCGUGCCACAUGAGUCCACCCAGGGUUGCAAUGUUGGACGAUACUACAUCCCACCAAAAACAAGGUUGCUGGUGAACGUUUGGGCAAUUGGAAGGGAUGAAAGUGUCUGGGAAGAUCCUUUAGAAUUCAAGCCUGAGAGAUUUAUCGGCUCGAGCAUAGAUGUGAAAGGCCACCACUUCGAAUUGUUGUCUUUCGGAGCAGGAAGGAGAGGAUGCCCUGGCAUUUCCCUGGGGCUUUCUGUUGUUUACUUGGUUCUGGCUCAACUUAUACAUUGCUUUCAUUGGAGUGUGGAGGGCGAUUUGGAUAGGGAUGAAGUGUUCGGAUUGACCCUACCAAAGAAGUUUCCUCUCUCUGCUCUUCCCUCCUGGAGGCUUACUACCGAGGAGCCAAUAUAAUAUUGGAUAUACUUUGGGAUAAAAAAUACUAAUAUAGACAUAUAACCAUCCUCCCAUUGUAAUUGCACCUUUAUGUGGUAUGAGUAACGCAGU